GCUCCCAGCUUUGACUCCGACUGCUGCAAACAGAAAGUUUCCUGGAAGCCGGACUGCGCUCCCAAACAGAGAAGCUGAAAUCGGGACCUGAGCGCUGAUCCUGGCUACAGCUCCAUCCCCACAGCCCUUCAGCACCGCACAGGUACCCCCUGGCCUGGUCCAUGUGUGCCUGGCUGCUCGGAGUGGUGGGUGCAGUUGAGCUGACUGAAAUGUUUGGAGAGAUCCGCUCUCCAAACUUCCCUGAUUCCUAUCCCAGCGACUCAGAAGUGACGUGGAACAUCUCCGUGCCUGAGGGAUUUAAAAUCAAGCUGUACUUCAUGCAUUUUGACUUGGAGUCAUCCUACCUCUGUGAAUAUGAUUACGUGAAGAUUGAAGCAGAGGACCAGGAGCUGGCAACCUUCUGUGGCAGGGAGACAACAGACACCGAGCAGGCUCCCGGGCAGCAAGUCAUCCUGUCCCCAGGGCCCUAUAUGGGGCUCACCUUCAGGUCCGACUUCUCCAACGAGGAGCGCUUCACUGGAUUUGACGCACAUUACACGGCCGUGGAUGUGGAUGAGUGCCUGGAGAAAAGUGACGAGGAGUUGGCGUGUGACCACUACUGCCACAACUACAUCGGCGGGUACUACUGCUCCUGUCGCUUCGGCUACAUCCUGCACUCCGACAACAGGACCUGCAAAGUGGAAUGCAGUGACAACCUGUACACCCAGAGGAGCGGAGUGGUCACCAGCGCUGACUUCCCCAGUCCCUACCCCAAGAGCUCAGACUGCCUGUACCGCAUUGAGCUAGAGGAUGGCUUCUUCAUCACCCUCAGCUUUGAGGAUAGCUUUGAUGUGGAAGAUCACCCAGAGGUGACCUGUCCCUAUGACUACAUCAAGAUCAAAGCUGGCCAGAGGGAGUUUGGCCCUUUCUGUGGAGAGAAGUCCCCAGGACGCAUUGAAACCCAAACCAACAGUGUGCAGAUACUCUUCCAUAGUGACAACUCAGGGGAGAACAGGGGCUGGAAGUUGUCGUAUACAGCAAUUGGAAACCCCUGUCCACUGGUGCAACCUCCAAUCAAUGGGAAAAUCGAGCCUUCCCAAGCCAAGUACACCUUCAAAGACCAGGUGGUCAUCAGCUGCAACACUGGCUACAAAGUGCUGAAGGAUAACCUGGAAAGUGACUCCUUCCAGAUCGAGUGUCUGAAGGAUGGGACAUGGAGCAACAAGAUCCCCAUCUGCAAAAUUGCUGACUGCCAGGCGCCACCAGAGCUGGAGCACGGCUUUGUCACCUUCCUCUCCAGGAACAACCUCACCACGUACCGCGCAGCCAUCCAGUACCACUGCCAGCACCCCUACUACCACAUGGCCCCCAACAGCACCGCCACAUACACGUGUGAUGCAUCGGGGGUUUGGAGGAGCGAGGAGCUGGGCACUGCACUGCCAUCCUGCCGACCAGUGUGUGGUCGGCCAGCUCGUGCUCUGCCCGGGAUCAUCAAGCGCAUCAUCGGUGGGCGAAAUGCAGAGCCUGGCUUCUUUCCCUGGCAGGCCCUGAUAGUGGUGGAGGACAUGUCGCGAGUGCCCAACGACAAGUGGUUUGGCAGCGGGGCCCUGCUCUCAGACUCCUGGGUGCUGACAGCCGCUCACGUGCUCCGCUCCCAGAGGCGGGACAAGACUGUCAUUCCUGUUUCCAAGGAGCACGUCACUGUCUACCUGGCCCUUCACGAUGUGAGGAACAAGUUGGAGGCUGUCAACCGGACAGUAGAGAGGAUCAUCCUCCACGAGGAUUUUGACAUCCAGAACUACAAUCAUGACAUUGCUCUGGUCAAGCUGAAGGAAAAGGUGACUAUGGGGAACUACGUCAUGCCCAUCUGCCUGCCCCAGUUUGAGCAUGAGCUAGAAGGACCUCACCCCAACACACUGGGGCUGGUGGCCGGCUGGGGAAUCUCCAAUCCCAACAUCACUGUGGAUGAGAUCAUCAGCUCAGGCAUGAGGACACUGUCUGACAUCCUGCAAUAUGUCAAGCUCCCAGUGGUGCUGCAUGCGGAGUGCAAGACCAGCUACGAGUCCCGCUCGGGGAACUACAGCGUGACCGAGAACAUGUUCUGUGCUGGCUACUAUGAAGGUGGGAAGGACACUUGUUUGGGAGACAGCGGAGGAGCCUUUGUCAUUCAGGACCCAGGAACCCGGAGAUGGGUGGCCCAAGGGCUGGUCUCGUGGGGUGGUCCAGAGGAGUGCGGCAGCAAACAAGUGUAUGGUGUGUACACCAAAGUCUCCAACUACGUGGACUGGGUGGAGAAGAACACAGGCUCCUCAGAGAGGUGGACAUUUCUGGACCCUGAUCUGGAGAGAUGAGUGACUAAGCACUGCCUGCUGACACAGCUUUCUUUUUUUGUUGUCCUUUAAUAUGCUCAGAUUCCGAUCUGUUGCAAGCAGCAGCCAUGAUGCUCAGCCGCACUGCAGGACUUUGUCAGCCAACCACAUCAUUCCUUUCACUUAGUCCCAAAUCCCUUUGCUUUCACCCUUAGGAAAUGCUUGCUAAGGAGCUGGAGCUGGGGGAAGGGAGUAAAGGGUGAGAUCUCACCGAGCAUUGCUAGCUCAUGUUGCCAGGCUUGGUGUUUAACCUCUUCUAUGUGGAUCUGGGUAGCCUUGUGUGGCAAAGCAUUCAUUCUUGAGAAACCCAAGUCCCUUUUAGUUGUACUGAAGACCAUUCUUCUGGCUGAUUUACAGGUUACUGAAGGUUUCCAUGGUUUGUUCAUGGCUCUUCUGGCCUAUUGCAAGUGUCCAAGUCAUCCCAGACUCACCCCAAUCCAUCCAAUACUCCAUGAAGUUUCACAUCUCCCCUACCAUAACACACACAGACAAUAAUCCCCACCAAGGAACAAAUUCAGGUGAGCUUAGCUUCCUUCAGCAGAGACAUCACCUCCUUCACUUGCCAGCAAAGCCCUCUUAUAGCUGGAAGCAACAUGCAGCAAUUGCCCGCUGUCCCCUCUGAGUGCUUUUAUCCUCCUUUGGACUUCUCCUCCUCCUCCUUUGGUUUUGCAUGCAAGGAAUGAGUCAACACUGAACCAGCCACCCUGCCAUUUUGUUAUAGUCCAAAAAGCCAUUCGUAGAGCAUGUAGAGGAGCAGAAGGCCUAAGGAAGAUCUAACUUGCAGACAUGCUAAGAACUGUACUCUUGGCUAUGUCAUAUAACUGUAAGGUAUUUUUAUAUAUGUAUUUCUUUUUGAUACUACAUUCUGCAGAAUAUCUGAUCACAUGUAAGGAUGGUUCUGUGUAAUCUUCAUCCUGAGAAUAAAAUUAAAUGUUAAUAUUUACUGACUUCA